CAUUAGCAGAUGCAUCAUCUUUUCUUUCUUCCAACCUCUCACCACCUUCAAGCUUAUUUUAUUUCAUCCUUAUAUUAUUUCUUUAAUCCUUCCAUUGUCCUUCUCUCCAAUUUCUUACGUUUGAAGCGCACCAACAAAAAUGGUGAAUGGGGACCUCUCUUCAUUUCUCUCUCUCUCUCUAUUCAAUAGCCUUGGUUUCUUCUUCUAGUUCUCCCAGUUCCUUUCAUUUCUUCCACUUACUUUUGCUUUUCUCUUCAGUUACAAGUGUUUUUUUUAAACUAUGGAGGAGCGGAACGUGAAUCCAGAGGUGAUAUACGACACCGUAUGGGUGUGCGUGAUACCGUACGUACAGAACUCGCGUGACAGGGACGCGGUGUCGUUGGUAUGCAGGAGGUGGCACGAGAUCGACACGAUCACUCGGCAGCACAUAACUAUGGCUUUGUGUUAUGCAGCGAAGCCGGAGCAGCUUUCUAGAAGGUUCCCUCAACUGGAGUCACUCAAGCUCAAGGGGAAGCCACGCGCUUCUAUGUUUAAUUUGAUUCCUGAGGAUUGGGGAGGAUAUGCUACGCCUUGGGUUCACGAGAUUAGUAGGUCCUUUACUCGGUUAAAGGCGCUUCACUUCCGCCGUAUGAUAGUUAGCGAUUCGGAUCUCGAACUGCUCGCGCGUACGCGUGGUAAACUACUUCAGUCUCUCAAACUGGAUAAGUGUUCUGGAUUUUCUACGGAUGGCCUUCUCACUGUUUCUCGUUCCUGCAGGUAUUCCACCUCUUCUUCCGUUGACUCCAUUUUUACUUGUUGGAGUUUAAAAACGUUUUUUCUGGAAGAGAGUACUAUAGUUGAGAAUGAUGGAGAAUGGAUACAUGAAGUAGCCUUGAACAAUACAGUUCUUGAAAAUCUGAACUUUUACCAGACUUAUCUUGGCAGAGUGAAUGCUGAAGACCUUGAACUGAUAGCAAAAAACUGUCCCUCUCUUGUCUCGGUAAAAAUUAGUGAAUGUGAUAUUUCAAAUCUUAUUGGUUUCUUCAAAGCUGCAGUUGCAUUGGAGGAAUUCGGUGGGGGUUCAUUUAGUGAGCCAACAGAACCUGCUGCUGAGAAUGGCUAUAACGAGCAACUGGGAAGAUAUUCUGCUGUAUCAUUUCCUCAAAGAUUAUGCCACUUGGGUCCGACGUACUUAGGAAUAAAUGAAAUGCACAUUCUCUUUCCUAUUGCUUCUCGUUUGAAGAAAUUGGAUCUUCUUUAUGCAUUUCUUGACACGGAAGCCCAUUGUUUCUUACUGCAAAAGUGUCCCAACUUGGAAAUACUUGAGGCAAGGAAUGUUGUUGGGGAUAGAGGAGUGGAAGUGCUUGCCCAGUUUUGCAAGAGAUUAAAGAGACUCAGGAUUGAGCGAGGAGCAGAUGAACAGGAAAUGGAGGACGAAGAAGGUGCAGUUACACAGAGAGGAUUGAUUGCUUUGGCCCAAGGGUGCAUUGAACUAGAAUACAUGGCUGUUUAUGUGUCUGAUAUUACUAAUGAAGCAUUGGAAAAUAUUGGCACAAAUCUGAAAAAUCUGUGUGAUUUUCGGUUGGUUCUACUCGAUCGUGAAGUAACAAUAACAGAACUGCCACUUGAUAAUGGUGUCCGCUCUUUACUAAGAGGUUGCCAAAGGCUUAGAAGGUUUGCUCUCUAUCUCAGGUCUGGGGGUCUCACAGAUGUGGGUCUGAAAUAUAUCGGUCAAUACAGCCAAAAUGUGAGAUGGAUGCUUCUGGGAUAUGUUGGGGAAUCUGAUGAAGGACUUAUGGAGUUCUCGAGGGGAUGUCCUAGCCUGCAAAAGCUAGAAAUGAGAGGCUGUCGUUUUACUGAACGUGCAUUGGCUUAUGCUGCUUUGCAGCUGAAAUCGCUAAGGUACUUGUGGAUCCAAGGAUUCAGUCCAUCUUCGAGUGGUUGGGAUCUCUUGAUGAUGGCUCGCCCAUUCUGGAAUAUUGAGUUGAUACCUGCAAGACGAGUGAUUACCAGUGCAGGAAUUGCUGAGCAUCCAGCUCAUAUACUUGCCUAUUAUUCCCUUGCAGGCCGAAGAACAGAUUUUCCAGAUACUGUUUGGCCUUUGGACCCAUAGUUGCUUCUUGCUGAAUAAACUUGUAAAUAUAACCUUAGCUUUUUCUUGUGGGAUGAUGGGUUCGGGUGGGCUUUAGAGGUUUAUAUGCUCCUUUUUAGGUGUCCUCUCCAUACAUAGGUCUCUUCCUUCUUUCUUCUUUUUUUAUUUAGAAUAUUGAUUUUGUUGUCUGUCUUUUAGACAUGGGGAUUGUAAUAAGUUCUCUUUUCAUGGUUAUUCGGAAGAAUCUGCCACUUGGUUCUAUACCUUUCUAACUG